GUUUGUCAUUCCCGCCCUCAUCCACCACCUCAAGACUCGCUCCCGGUCUUGUCUUUGUUGGUGUCGACACGUCCUGCUCGUCGUUUUCUCUGUCGUGGGCGCACUUUCGUCUGGUCGAACUAGUCCCGCAGCCGCAGUUUUCCUGUGUCGCUGUGUCGUCCGGCGCCUCUUUGAAAACCAACAGCAGGCUCACGUUCCCGCUCGUGCUCUGCUUGUUUCUUUUAUAUUUCCCGAAAACCUAUCCCGGCGGAUCUUUUCUCGCUUGAACUUAUAUUAUAAACUUUUUCUUUCAAAAUUAGCUUUUGUUUUUUUCGUCCACCCCUAAUUGCUUUGACGCCUUGACUGCUUUUUUGAGCCAUCAUCUCGUAUUUUUGCCGCCAUGGUUGGUCACCAGUUUGCGCAUUCCGCCGCACCCAUCCGCAAGGUCAAGGAGGUUCAGUUUGGGAUCCUCUCGCCUGAAGAGAUCAAAGCGUACUCUGUCGCAAAGAUCGAGCACCCUGAGGUCAUCGAUGAGGCGACUCACAAGCUCAAGGUCGGUGGUCUUAAUGACCCUCGGAUGGGGACGACGGAUCGGAAUUUCAAGUGCCAGACAUGUGGUGAGGGGAUGGCUGAGUGUCCAGGGCAUUUCGGGCACAUCGAACUUGCUCGACCGGUAUUUCAUCCAGGCUUCAUUGUAAAAGUGAAGAAAAUUCUCGAAUGCAUUUGCGUGAACUGCGGGAAACUGAAGGCUGAUACCUCCUCGAUAACGGGGCGUUCUUCCUCUCGGGCAUGGGUCGUGCGCGUCAUCGGUCGUUUGACCGCCGCAUUGACCAUUGCACAUGCUUCGCAGACUGAUCCUGCGUUUGCGGAUCGAAUACGACUGGCUCGCGACCCGAAACGCCGUAUGGCUGCCGUCUGGUCGUAUUGUAAAGGCAAGAUGACGUGUCAACCAGACGAAGAUCAGGGAGAUGCUGAGGGCAUGGAGAAUGUCGAACCAUUAAAGAAAGGCCAUGGUGGUUGUGGACACCAACAACCGCAAAUCCGAAAAGAGGGACUCAAGCUACUCCUUCAUUAUAAAAAAAACAAAAAUGAAGAGGAGGAAGAGUUCAAAGCGGCGCAGCCCGAUAAGCGACCGUUCACGCCUGCUGAGGUAUUCAACGUCUUGAGGAAAAUCUCAGACGAAGACUUGGGCCUACUCGGCUUGUCGGAGGAGUACGCUCGUCCUGACUGGAUGAUACUGACUGUUUUACCUGUUCCCCCUCCCCCUGUGAGACCAAGCAUAUCUGCAGACGGUGGUGCACUACGAAGUGAAGAUGACUUGACCUACAAGCUGGGUGAUAUCAUCAAAGCGUCAGCAAACGUUCGUAGAUGUGAGGAAGAAGGCGCACCGGCGCAUGUCAUUUCUGAGUUUGAGCAGCUGUUGCAGUUCCACGUCGCCACAUACAUGGAUAACGACAUUGCUGGGAUACCGCAGGCUCUUCAGAAAUCUGGUCGCCCUGUUAAAGCCAUCCGUGCCCGCUUAAAAGGUAAAGAGGGUCGUCUACGUGGUAACCUUAUGGGGAAGCGUGUCGAUUUCUCGGCACGUACUGUCAUUACGGGUGAUCCGAAUUUGGAGCUUGACGAAGUCGGUGUACCGAGGAGCAUCGCCAUGACGUUGACGUAUCCGGAAAGAGUGACACCGUACAACAUCGCCUACCUGCAGGGGCUGGUACGAAACGGUCCACGAGAGUAUCCUGGAGCAAGGUAUGUUAUCCGGGAUACGGGCGAGCGUAUCGACUUGCGGUACAACAAGCGUGCGGAUGCUUUCCUUCAAUAUGGAUGGAUUGUGGAGAGACACCUGAAGGACGGAGACUAUGUUCUUUUCAACCGUCAACCGUCUCUGCACAAGAUGUCGAUGAUGUGUCAUCGUGUACGACUGAUGCCCUAUUCUACCUUCCGUUUGAACCUUUCUGUCACUCCUCCCUACAAUGCCGACUUCGAUGGUGAUGAGAUGAACAUGCACGUUCCUCAGAGCGAAGAGACGCGAGCCGAGCUCAGUCAAAUAGCCUGGGUGGCUAAGCAAAUCAUCUCGCCGCAGGCGAACAAACCUGUCAUGGGUAUCGUUCAGGAUACGCUUUGUGGUAUUCGCAAGUUUACUCUGCGGGACUGCUUUCUUGACUGGCAGCAAGUUCAAAACAUCUUGCUUUGGGUACCGAAUUGGGACGGUACUAUUCCAACGCCAACGAUCCUUAAGCCUAAACCUCUAUGGUCGGGAAAGCAGAUUCUCAGUUUGACCAUACCACGCGGUAUAAAUAUCUACCGUUCUCCUGACCCGAAGUCAUCGAACCCAGUCUUUGAUGAUGGUAUGUUAAUUGAAAAUGGCGAGAUCAUCUUUGGUGUCGUCGAGAAGAAGACGGUCGGUGCAUCGCAAGGCGGUUUAAUACACGUCUGUUUCCGCGAGAAGGGACCCGAAGCAACUCGUACGCUCUUUACGGGUCUGCAACAAGUGGUAAACUAUUGGCUGUUCCAUAAUGGGUUCAGUAUCGGUAUCGGCGAUACGGUUGCAGAUAAGAAGACCAUGGCGUACAUCACGGAGCAGAUUAAGAUGCGGAAGCAGAAUGUUGCGAAGGCCGUCGAGGAUGCGUCGAGCGACCGUCUGAAAGCAGCACCGGGUAUGACCAUUCGAGAGUCUUUUGAAAGCAGAGUUGAACGUGAGCUAAACUUGGCUCGUGAUCACUCUGGUCAAUAUGCGCAGAAGAACUUGAAAGAGGACAAUAACGUCAAGCAGAUGGUCGUUGCUGGUUCGAAGGGUUCUUUUAUUAACAUCUCGCAGAUGUCCGUUUGUGUCGGACAACAGUCUGUGGAAGGAAAGCGCAUACCUUUUGGCUUUAGGCAUCGUACAUUACCCCACUUUACGAAGGACGAUUUCAGUCCAGAGGCGCGUGGGUUCGUCGAAAAUUCGUACCUCCGUGGUUUAACCCCACAAGAAUUCUUCUUCCAUGCUAUGGCUGGACGAGAAGGAUUAAUUGACACAGCUGUCAAGACAGCGGAGACCGGUUACAUCCAGCGACGACUUGUGAAGGCGCUGGAAGACGUUACUGUUUGCUACGACGGCACUGUUAGGAAUUCUCUCGGCGAUCUCAUUCAGUUUGUCUAUGGUGAAGAUGGCAUGGAUGGUGCUUUCAUCGAGCGCCAGACUAUACGAACAUUCGGAAUCAAUGAUCGCGAGUUCGAACAUCGCUAUCAUGUCGACGUCACCGACCCGAAGGGUGGAUUCCUGCCCGGAGUUCUACAAGUCGGUAUUGACGACUCGUCCGUUGAGCUUCAGGAGAAGCUCGACACGGAGUACGAGCGUCUUCUUGAGGACCGGAGAUUACUCCGCGAAUUCAUUUUCCCUGGUCGCGAUAAUUCGACAGCGCAUUAUCUUCCCGUCAAUCUGAAUCGAAUCGUGCAGAAUGCAACGCAGAUCUUCCAUAUUGACCGGAGAAAACCGAGUGAUCUGGAACCAGCGUAUAUCAUCGACCAGAUCCAGCAACUUGCGGACCGUCUUAUCGUUGUACGCGGCGAUGAUCAUCUCACUCGAGAGGCCGCCGAAAAUGCGUCUCUAGCAUUCAAAAUGCACCUUCGCGCAACAUUCGCUGCUCGACCGGUAUUAGAAGAAUUCCACCUUAACAGGGAGGCUUUCGACUGGGUUUUGGGUGAAGUGGAGACGAAGUUCAAUCAAUCGAUGGCGCAUCCGGGUGAAAUGUGUGGUACGCUUGCUGCGCAGUCGAUUGGUGAGCCGGCAACGCAGAUGACGUUGAACACGUUCCACUAUGCUGGUGUCUCGAGUAAAAACGUCACACUCGGUGUACCACGUCUUAAAGAGAUCAUCAACGUUGCCGAGAAGAUUAAGACGCCAUCACUCACGGUGUAUCUGGAGCCGGAAAUCGCUGCUGUUGACACGAGGGCCAAGUCCGUUCAGACUGAGCUAGCAUACACGUCGCUGCGCACGGUGACUGCUGCGGUUGAAAUCUGGUACGAUCCCGACCAAGCGACGACUGUUAUAGAAGAGGAUAAGGAGUUCGUUGAUGCAUUCUUCGCUAUUCCCGAUGAGGAAAUCGAGGCGAACAUCCAUUUCCAGUCGCCAUGGUUGCUGCGUCUUGAGCUCGAUCGGUCAAAGAUGCUUGACCGAAAGCUCACGAUGAACUACGUCGCCGGCCGCAUCGCGGAAAGCUUCAAAACGGAUUUGUUCGUCAUUUGGAGUGAAGACAACGCGGAAAAGUUGAUUAUUCGUUGUCGUGUCAUCAGUCAGGGUGACAAGGAUGAAGAGGAUGGGGACACGGUAGAAGAGGAUAUAUUCUUGCGUCAGCUUGAGCAUACGAUGCUCAACUCCGUCAGUCUUCGUGGUGUGCCAGGCAUCUCGCGAGUCUUCCUUCUAGCGCAUGACAAGAUUGUCGUCGCGGACGAUGGUUCGAUUCAGAAGGGUGACAAAGAGUGGGUUCUUGAGACAGACGGAGUUAACUUGAAGACUGUGAUGUGUAUCGAUGGAGUUGAUUGGAAGCGCACGUACUCGAAUAGCUGUGUGGAAAUCUUUGGUGUGCUGGGCAUCGAAGCGGCUCGGGCGGCGAUCAUGAAAGAGAUGAGAAACGUUAUCGAGUUUGAUGGUUCUUAUGUGAACUAUCGACACCUUGCCUUGCUUUGCGACCUUAUGACACACCGCGGUUCAUUGAUGGCCAUCACUCGUCACGGUAUAAACCGUGCGGAUACUGGAGCGCUUAUGAGGUGUUCAUUCGAGGAGACCGUUGAGAUCCUCAUGGAAGCUGCAGCUGUUGGCGAGAAAGAUGACUGCCACGGUAUUGCAGAAAAUGUGAUGUUUGGCCAAAUGGCACCAAUGGGUACUGGCGCAUUUGAUGUUGCGCUGGACAUGGACAUGCUUAAAGACGUGAUUGUCGAUCAUCGAUUACCUGUACAGAGCAUGCUUGCGGCUCAAGCCGAUGGAGGAAUGACUCCCGGCCAGGUAGCGAUGACACCAUACGACAGCAACUCGCCAAUGUGGUCGAGUGACAUGGCAUUCAAAGGAGAACAAGCCGCGUUCUCUCCGCUUGCCGGAACGGGUGGAGACGAGCCAUCUGCCUUCGCAGCGUUCCCUUACGGCCGAAGCCCCAUGGGUGCGGGCGGGAUGUCUCCAGGACCGGGCUACAGCCCGAGUUCGCCCAACGCGUAUUCCCCAACAUCACCCUACGUUCCGCAGUCGCCCUAUGCUGGCGCGACCUCACCGUUUGGGACAUCGCCGUAUGCGACGUCUCCCUUCUAUAAUCGUGGAGCUGCCACCUCGCCGACGUACUCACCCACGUCACCGGCGCUCAACUUGACGUCUCCAAAUUAUUCACCAACGAGCCCGAGAUACUCGCCCACGUCACCAUCAUUUUCACCAACGUCGCCGCGGUACAGUCCGCAAUCGCCUUCCUUCAGCCCUACCUCCCCUCGUUAUUCUCCAACGAGUCCGUCGUUCAGUCCCGCGUCGCCAAGAUAUUCACCUACUUCUCCUGUUCAUCAAUCGCCCACCUCUCCUAAAUAUUCUCCCACCUCUCCUCAGUCUCCUGCGUCACCUAAAUAUUCCCCAACCUCGCCUGCAUACUCCCCUACCUCUCCGACAUACUCUCCUGCGUCGCCAGCAUAUAGUCCCACUUCCCCGCAAUGGUCACCAUCAAGCCCAGCGCAGAAUAGCAAUAUGCAGAACGGGACGACGCGACAUUCGGCGUACAGUACGUCGCCAUCAUGGGACUGAACGGACACAUGUGCAUCCUGCUUGCGAGAAGUUAGGCGACCGGGAAGCUAGUCGUUUCGCUGUCAAUUUUUUUCUUCCUUUUUCCCGUCAGGUUUCAUGUCUAGCCAAUGACCCUGAUGACAUUUUUUUCGUAGCGUAAAAUCAUCAUGUCUGUUAUGUAGACUUGCAAUUGAUUUCUUGGCUAGAGAGCUGUUG